AUGUCAGCAAUGCGUAGCUUAACGUCUGUGGCAAGGUUGUUGUCCGGACGGGCACCAAACCAACGAUUUUGCUGGGGUGGUUCCAUGACCGUACCGGCCCGAUCGAUGCAACACUAUCCGAUCGAUGAAUAUCUGUUCGGAUUGACGGAAGAUCAGCAACAGCUACGCCAAACUGUGUUCAGCUUUGCACAGAAAGAAUUAGCUCCUUUUGCGCAGGAGAUCGACAAGCAGAAUGAGUUCAAGGAAAUGCGCAGCUUCUGGCGCAAGCUUGGUGAACUAGGAGUACUCGGCGUAACGGUGAAGCCAGACUACGGUGGUCUAGGUGGAUCAUACCUCGAUCAUUGUAUCAUAAACGAAGAACUUUCACGCGCCUCCGCUUCAGUAGGCCUGUCCUACGGUGCCCACUCGAAUCUGUGCGUCAACCAGAUCCAUCGCAAUGGUACGGAAGAGCAGAAAGCACACUAUCUUCCCAAGCUGUGCAGCGGUGAGCAUAUCGGUGCACUGGCCAUGUCCGAAGCCGGUUCCGGCAGUGAUGUCGUGUCGAUGAAGCUGCGUGCCGAUAAGCACGGUGACUAUUACGUGCUCAAUGGUAGCAAGUUCUGGAUCACCAACGGUCCUAUCGCCGACACGUACAUCAUCUAUGCGAAAACGGACAUGAGCGCUAAACCGCAACACGGUAUUACGGCGUUCAUCGUGGAGCGGGGUACGGCUGGAUUUUCGCAGGGUCCAAAGCUGGACAAGCUUGGCAUCCGUGGUAGUCCAACCGGAGAGCUGAUCUUCGAGGAUGCUAAAGUACCGGCCGCCAACAUUCUCGGAGGCUUAAACAAGGGUGUGUAUGUGCUGAUGUCCGGGUUGGAUUUGGAGCGUCUAGUACUGGCCGCAGCUCCCGUUGGACUCAUGCAGGCAGCGUGCGAUGUAGCGUUCGAGUAUGCGCAUACGCGAAAACAGUUUAACACACGUAUCGGCGAGUUUCAGCUGUUGCAGGGUAAGAUGGCUGACAUGUACACGACGAUGAAUGCGUGCCGGGCGUAUUUAUACUCGGUGGCGCGGGCCUGUGACCUGGGAAAGGCUAAUCCGAAGGAUUGUGCCGGUGUAAUUCUGUACUGUGCGGAGAAAGCGACUCAGGUGGCGCUGGACGCGAUCCAGAUUCUGGGCGGUAAUGGAUACAUCAAUGACUAUCCGACCGGGCGCAUCAUGCGUGACUGUAAGCUGUUCGAAAUUGGCGCUGGAACGUCCGAGAUCAGGCGUAUGGUAAUCGGUCGCUCACUCAACAAGGAGUACCAGUGA